UGAGGGACGCUCCGCUUAGUUUCGACCAAUUUCGUGCACAUUCAAUCAGUGGGGGAGAUGGAGAUCAAAAGGAGAGGAUUUUUGUCAAGAAUGACCGAAAAAGGAGAGAAAAAAUAGAGAAAAUGACCCAACACGGUGGUGCUAAAGUACUCCAAAUUUCCACGAAAUUUCCUUCUACUUUGGUGGACAAGAGAGGGAGUAAUUGCUAAUUGUUAGUGAGAACUGAAUUUCCUCGUUUUAACUGGUUAACGCGUUGAUGAGGCCAAGAAGGCACCGCCUACUUUCCACGAAAUCAACUUUCAUUGACUUUUGCGGACGCAAGGAGAGUUAGGCCACUUAAUUUCAAGCCAUGGCCUGCAGAGCGGGGAGACAGAGAGAUCGAGAUCGACAGGGAAGCAUGCUAUUGAAGAAGCUGAAUAUUGCUGCUGCUCUUGUAGAUCAUGGCCGGAAAAACAGAGAGAGAAAGAGAGCAUUUCUAGAGAAUGGAGGGCUUGUAUUGGAGAAGCUGGUUGCCUCUUGCAAUGGCAGGCCUAUUCCCAUCCGUACCUUCUCCUAUCAACAGCUUGUCUUGGCAACCAAUAACUUUGAUCAUCGCCUCAUUCUACAUGUAAAUCUGACGUAUACAAUGUACAAGGGUUCUUUUGAAGGCCGAAUACUUUCCAUUAAGAUGUAUGGCUUGUAUGCUGAUCGUGGUCUAUCUGACAAGGACUUGGCCCUAAUGGAUAUGGGUAUUUCUGCAAAGACGACCGCUCACAAGAAUAUUCUAAAACUGGUAGGAUGCUGUCUCGAGACUUCAAUUUCGAGUUUAGUGUUUGAAUAUGCUCAAAAUGGAGUCCUUUUCGAUAGAAUUAGUAUCUCUCGACGACAAGGUAAGCCCAUGUUGUGGCGGAGCAGGUUAAAGAUUGCAAGACAGAUUGCUCAUGCAAUUGCGUAUCUCCACACUGCCUUCUCCAAACCCAUCAUCCAUAGAGAUAUAAGACCCCGAAAUAUCUUAUUAGACCAGCAUGAUGUUCCCAAACUUACAGAUUUUUCACUUUCUAUUUCAAUUCCUGAGGGUGAAACUCACGUGGAAGAUGUAGUGCGGGGGACUGUGGGUUUCUUAUGCCCUAGCUAUUAUUCGACAAAUAGGAUAACAGAGAAAACUGAUGUCUAUAGCUUCGGUAUGGUUCUAUUACAGCUUUUAAUUGGACAGCAUCCACUUGAAUCUCUUCGAGAAAAUGAAGAUCAGACUUUGGAAGUUCACUUGAGUAACCGUGCUAUAAAUGAGAUUGUGGAUCCUGCAAUCCUGGCAGAGGAAGGAGGAGCUGGUUUGGAGCAGCAAUUGCAAGCUGUGCGGCAGCUUAGUCUCACAUGCAUAGAGGAAGAUCCAGAGAUAAGGCCGAUGAUGGUGGAUGUUACGAAAGAAUUCAGGCGGAUUGAGAGGUUCAUCGCAUGAUUCUUUUCUCAAUUGAUUAGUUGAUUUUAUAAUUGAUUUUGAGCCUAUUUCGCUUGAAAUCUAAGUCUGUGUACUAUUGACAUCUUCAUUCUGUCUGAGUUUGACUUGAAUCUAGUUGAUUCCGUUUUUGUAAUUUUCAAUUAUCUCUAUCUUUUUAAAAGAAGAAGAAAAAAAAAGUUAAUUAUGC